UGAGAGGAAAAAGUGUAAAGUGUUUUUUUAAACACCCUUUAUUUAUAAUUUAUUCGAGUAUUUUCAGAAUACACUGCACGCAAGUCAAAACAUUCGAUCUAAAAAAGAGGUUGUUAGACAAUCCUAGUGUUAUAAUAGUGCAGAACAAUGCAAAGAAACAUAUGUUUUCUCUAGAUCAAGAGAAAAUGACAAACAUAGACAAAUUUUCUUCUACAUCUAAGGAUUACACAAUAAAUGACCAAAAAAUUGACAUGGGAAUGCCUUCUGAGGUGUCAAAGAUAGACUCAAGUUUGGCGGAAAAAGUUUUAAUGGCUGAAAUUGAUUCAAGCAUUCGGCUCCCAACUACAGAAUCAGACAUACCAUCUGACCUGGACACUCAAACACUUUUUAAAGAAACAAGGAACCUACAUCGGCAGAAGAGAUCUUUGUUUGGUCUCAUUAACUUCCUUCUCCUCUUCCUCAACGCAAUGCUGGCGGUCAAUCUCAAUAUUAACAUUAACAACAAUAACAACAACAAUAACAACAAUAAUAACAACAAUAAUGACAAUAAUCAAAAUAUGAAUAAUAACGGGAGAAGCUUUAGAGCUUGGUAAAAUAAAUCUUUCAGGUCAAAACAAAACAAAUAAAUCUUGACUUCAGACAAUAUUUCAAUGUAAACAUGUGAAUUUUUUUCGAGAAGGAAGAAUUUCUAAUAAAAAAAUAAUUGCAA